AUGAUGUUCUUAUCAGACAAAGGCACUCAUCUCUGCUCCCGCUGCAGACCGAGCCGCUUGUUCAGUCACACCAUCGAUUGGUCACGUGUCCUUCACGGCAGCCGCGGCUCUGAGCAGAGGGCAGCUGUGGCUGCGGUGGCCAUGACACCGAACACUGCUUUAACCAAAGAACUGCGCAACGAACUGCGCAGCGCAGUCUUUGUUCAGCACAGAGGCGGAAAUAGGUGCUUUCAAGGCAGUUCUGCUGUCUGUGUGUGGCAGGGCUGGACACUGGGGAAGGAGCUGCGGAGAGCUGUGGAGCCGUGUAGCACCGACAGCUUCAGAGCCACACAUUCUGGAGCUUUCCCUUUGAUCCGCCAUUCUCUGGAUUAUACCGACAGGAGCUCAGCGCGCAGCCGCCUCCGGAGCGUGUUUUGUGGAGACACACGGAGCUCUCUCCCGCGGACACACGGAGCUCUCUCCCGCGGACGAAUGGCCGCUGCUCUGAGCGUGUGCGCCUUCGUGCGCCGCGUCUCUGUCUCCGCAGAGUCUGACGGCGGCUGGAGCUGA